GACGCCUUCGAACUUAGUCAUUCUCAUACGAACUGCGCGGCUGCAAAGAACAGACAAGGUUCUACGUAGAAUUUCGUGAGCAAGACCUUUGACCUUUUUCAUUUACGUCGAUCCUGCACGUCCCGUACAAGGAUCAGGAUGGGAGUGAGGAUUUGUAUCCUGUUGACAGUUUUCAGCGCAGUUGGUAUCCUCUCUGAGGACAGGCUACCACAGUAUAGACAAGUGCGAAGUAGACAGCCAUUCCCCAGUCUCGCACUGAAGGAUCUUUUCGCCGACGAGUUGGACGUAGAGGGUCCGAUUUUUGCGACGAAGCCACAAAAGCGUGACGUCAGCCACGUUUUAAGCGGAACUGCCAAAUCCCCAUCUGGCGCAGCUUCCGGUGCGGGUAGCUUCGCAAGCUCCGGUAGCUUCGCCGGAAGUUCGUCUUUCCCAUCGAAGUCAAGUGUUGGGACGCAAGGUGGAUACACUGGUGGUGGAACUGGUGCAGGUUACGCAGGCGCCGGUACAGGUGGCGGAUCAGGGUACUCGGGUAUAGGAACCUCCUACACACCCAACUCGGGAUUCCAGGAUUAUUAUUCAAAUCAAAAUCAAGCCUCCUCUUAUCCUUAUUAUCCCUCGCAGAAUAUUGUACCGUAUUUCGGGCCGGGAUUCGAUUUUCAAAAUUUCCUCCAGCAAUAUUUCAGUAAUCUUCAAGCGCAGCAGGAAGCCUUCCAGGCUCAGCUUCAAGCGCAGCAACAAGCUGCUGCAUCCUCCUGGGCAGGCUCCGGUGCUUACAUGACAAAUCCUGAUGGAACUAUCGAUCCAAACGCUAGAGUCCAUUCCUAUAGUCACUCAACGCCAGGAAUGGCCGUAGCCACCUCGGCUGUUCAAUCCGAUUCUGGCUACGGUGGAUCCUACAGUUCGUCCCGUGGGAAUAGAUUCUUCGAGAUGAACAACCGACUCGGCUACGGAUUCCCAUACGCCCAGCAAAUCCCGAAUACCUAUGCAGCUAAUACUGGAUCAGGAUUUGGAGGAGCUGCUGGGGGAUUCGGUUCACCUGCAGGAGGUUACAGUGGAUCCGCCUCAGGAUCGGGACCUCACGUUGCAACAGCCAGUGCCAACCUGGGACCACAGGGUGGGCACCAAUCGGCCAGUAUCAGUCCAGCUGCUCCUGGAAUUUUUUCACGCUUCGGUGAAAGCGUUCCACCGCCUUCCGGAAACAGUUUCGGAGUCUUCACCAGCUCCAGCUCUGGACACUCGGUUGGUCCGGAUGGCAAGGAAACCUCAUACAAAUCCGCCACCACGGGAGUCAAUGACAAUGGAAAAGUUUCAUACCACACUGUACGUGAUCCUUAAGCAGUUGUCACACUAAAAGCACUCACUGACAGUUUACGAAUAAUCGCUGCUUCUCCAAUUUAUAAAAAACAAAUUGGUAUAUCGUUAUUGUGAUGUCCUGUGGUCGACAGGUGACUGCUUAUGUAUUUUGUACGUACGUGUAAUCAUGACGUAAUCACGAAUAACGGAAUCACGUAUAAAUUAUGGGCACGCGAAAAUGGCGUGACUGUUAUUGAAUUUUUUUUAUAUUUAUUUGGUAUUAUUUGUAUUGCUAUGUGCUAGUAAAAAAAAAGGUACGCUAGCGUCA